AUGAGUAUAAUAUCAAAGACUGUAAUUUUCAAAAGAACUUUAGCUACUAAGCUUUCUCCUGAGGAGGCAAAGAAACAAGCGGCACAAUUAGCCAUGCAAUCACUCAAGGAUUUUGGUUCAUUACUUUCCAAUUCAUCUGAAGAUACUCAACCAAUCGAUACCGAACCUAUAUUUGAAAACCCCCAGUUAUUUGCCACAUUAAGUUUAUUACAUCAAGGACAAGUAUUAAAAGAAUUACAAGAUAAAUUUGAUAAGAAAUGGCAGAAAUUAACUUUAAAAGAUAAACAAUUAGGUUAUUAUAUUGCUUAUGGAGAUUGGGGUGUACGUGAAAAAUUUAUAAAUUGGAAUACUAAUGAACCUCCAUUAGAUCUUCCGUUUUCAAUACCAUCACAAGUUAAAUUGAAAAAUCCUACUCCAACCACUGUAAUUAAAAAAUUACCACCAGUGAAUUUAAAUGAAACUGAAGUGAGAAAAGAACAAUUUGAUAUUAAAAAAAUGGAUGGAGUGACAAAAUUUUUCAUUUAUUUGGUGGUAUUUAUAUCAUUAUUGGCUAUUUCUCGUGAUAAAAAUAUUGGAGAAAUUGGGAAACCACAGCAGAUAAUCAUAGAAGAUAAAUAUGAAAAACAACGACAAGCACGGUUGAAACAACAAGAGGAAGAAGAGGAAAAACUUCGAGUUGAAUUGGAACAAAAACGUCAACUUGAACUUGAACUUGCUAAAAAGAAUAAGAAAUGGUAUUAUUUAUGGUUGAAAUAG